GUUUAGUUUUAUUCUUAAGAUGAUUUAUUUCGUCCUUUGGAGCAAAGAGGAAAGUCAAUGCUCAUCCAUUGGUACCAGUAUCCAGACAGUUACGACAGCAUAGUAUCCCCGAGUGAGGUCGGCCUGAACUCAUUCCCUGGGAUUCUUGAGCCUCCUAGUCUGAAGCAGUGGUACGUGAGCCACCAUUGGAUUGAGGACAGUGACAAGUUCAAUGAAUGGAUGAAUGAAGAAGACUAUGAGAUGAUUAUGACUAAUGAAGGUCAUUGGAUUGAAGCCCUCCCUACUAAUAAUUUAAUGAAGCGAACCUUAUCUAUGGCUAUAGGAGGAGGAGGAGGAGUGGCUAACAUUCCUGAAGAAAGUGAUUCUAUGGAGAGCGUCAAACGUGAUAGAACCAAGAGGAAGAGGUCAGCCUCUCCAUCACCAGGGGACACCAUCAAGAAGAGAAAGAGAGGAACAGUUACUAGGAGAGUGAAACCAAUUCAAGAUGAAGACGAAGAUCUAACUAAAGAUCUACCUGCCCCUCCUCCUGUACCACAUGUUGAAGAAGCUCCACCCACUGUUAACGAGACUGAAGGAAUGCCUCCUACUUUAUUACUAGAGCUACCACCAACAGUACAAUCAUCAGCUGGUUCAUCUGUAGCUCCUCCUACUGACCCUCCCCCUCCUAAUGCAGUCAAUAAUGAACCAAUGGAAACUGAACAGUCUCUUCCUCCUCUCUCCACCACUGCUACAACUACUACUGAUACUUCAUCAUCAUCACAACCUCCUCUUGCUUCAAACGGAGUGAUUGGAGAAGAGAUUAAAGGCGGGGGGAGAGAGGAACAAGAGAAAAGGAUACUCACUACUCAAGAGGAGAUGCCAGGGGAGGACUCUGCCGUCCGUCAAGUGAAUAAAAUUAUAAUCCCAAGCUACUCCUCUUGGUUUGAUUAUAAUAGCAUUCAUGCUAUUGAGAAACGGUCCUUGCCUGAGUUCUUUAAUGGAAGAAAUAAAUCGAAAACACCAGAAACGUAUCUUGCUUAUCGUAACUUUAUGGUAGACAGUUUUCGUCUUAAUCCAACCGAAUAUCUCUCAACAACCGCCUGCAGGCGGAACCUGGCCGGUGAUGUUGGUUCUAUUCUUCGUAUCCAUGGCCUACUGGAGCAAUGGGGUAUUAUUAAUUACGGGGUGGAGCCUUCUCACAGUAUCGGUCCUCCUUCUACUGGUCAUUUUAAUGUAAUGGUGGACACACCUGCUGGCAUUCAGCCAGUUAUAGCUAUCAAUAAACCAACCAAUAAGUAUCCGAAUGUGUGGUGGGAAUGUAGUAUGGGAGUCUCU